AUAUGACGUCAAAUUUGUCUUUACACAAGCCGGGCGAGUAGAGGUUCGGGGUAAACAGAUAUGUUUCGACACAUUCACCUCGACUGCUGGCAAGGCACUGUGUUCAGCUAAGGGGUUCAUAUAUUCUUCACAUGAAAGUGCCCUUGUCUAUCUCACGAUUCCAUAUGCAGAUAUUUUUUGCUCUGCACCGAAUUUGACAUCCUGUUCAUUAAAGGUCCCAAAGACAUAUUGUCGCAAUGUUGUCUCCAUCCACUGUUCUACUCACACAACACUUACACCAAAAUCAACUGUUCUUACCUCGACGAGCUUUCCCGUUCAUGGUGUCACUAUCGGAGCGAGAGGCAUCUUUUUUGCAUUUCCGUAUGGUGGAAGGGUUAAGAUUAAUUCCCUCGAGAUUUGUUAUGACACCUUUACAGAAAAAGCAGGAGAAGCAUUGUGUCAAGCAAAAGGCCUGCAUUACAGUUCAUUUACCAAGGGUUUUGCAUACAAUCGAUAUCAAACAGAACGUAUGUACUGUAGGACAAACUUGCUUUCUUCAUGCUAUACAGUCUCGCAUAUUUGUAUCGAGGUGGUCAAUAUUCACUGCAAGGGACCGAUAAUGACGACGGCUAGUAUUGGGUGUCGUAACAAUCCCUGUCAGAAUGGAGGAAGCUGUCAUCAGAACUCACCCUAUGAGGCCUAUCACUGUACGUGUUUGGAUGGUUUUACUGGGGAGUCCUGUGAAAAUUCCACAAUCUUUAAACCAGAAAGUGCUGUGUCAGUCGGAUGUUUUGAUGAUGCGUGGAAUAUUACUCUUUAUCUUCCAACUCUACGUAAAGAAUAUCCUGAUUUAGAUAUCAAGGAUAUCUACGUUGGACAAGAUAACAAAAAUUGUACCGGAAUAGUAAAUGGAGAUUAUAUUCUUUUUCAACAAGAGCUGAAUGGAUGCGGAACAAAAGAAAUGAAUAUAUCAGAGGGAAUAAACUAUCAGAAUAUAUUGAUCUACGCUGUUCACGAUAAACUUCAUCAUUUCAUCGUUCGUGAAUACCGAUUUCGUUUGAAAGUCAACUGUACAAAAUUAUUUCCAAACGGUCCAUUUAACAACAAUGCAAACUCUUCCAUAAAGUUCGAUCAGCCCUUACAUCUACAGUUCUUUUCUGACCCCUCCUACUUGCACGUAAAAUCUCUAAAUAGUUCAAAAGUUGGGGAUAAGGUUUAUGUUCGAGCAUAUAGUGACGUCAAUGACAGUCAUUCCAAAACGAGGCUGUCAGACUGCUAUACAACACCGAUGUUUUCUACUAAUCCAACCAUGGUUUAUUUCAUCAUCAAGGAUGGAUGUGCAAUUGAUCCCAAUGCUGUUCUUCUGUCUCAAAGCGCCCAUGAGACGCAUUUCUCUUUCCAGUAUUUUGAGUAUGCAUCAAAUGAAGGUUCCCUAGAACUACAUUGCACUGCCUCAGUCUGUCAUGCGAACGAUAUUUCCCCUGCUUGUAAAAUAAGUGUCACAGCAGUAAAAUGUAAAGAGAAGAAUAAAAUCUUCUAGGAUGCUGUGUAUAAUUUCCUUUUUCUUACUACGUUUCCAUAAAUAACAUGUUUAAGAUUUUGGCUAAACUUUAGGAUUAAGACAUUUAUUGCCAAAAUUUUAAACCUUAAUAAAGGUACACAUGAAUUACAUAGUGUCGCAACCUUAAAAUGAAAAGGGUAGUAUAAAAUCUUCUAGGAUGAUUUUUUUCAUGAGCAAAAUAAACAAUGGGAUCUCUUUUACUAUCAAGUUUAUAAUUUCAUAUUUUUUUUUACUGUAGUUCCUUUUGAAAUUAGUAUCGAAGCGGGGAAUUUCUGUUUUUAAGUUUUGGUUUUACCUUAUGUAUUUUCAUCAAAACAUGUAUGGCCAAUUUUUAAACCGUAGUAAAGGUAUACAUAUGUUGCCUAGUGUCACAGCAGUAAAAUGCAGAGGGUAGAAUAAAAGUUGUGAAGGUGUGAAGUUAGGCCUAUCAUGAGCAAAAUAAACAAUGGAAAGUAUUUUCACCAUCAUGUUUACACUUUCUUUUUUUUACCAUGUUCUCGUAGAAAACAGGUUUUAUUUAUUAACAAAACUUAAUGGACUACGUGUUAAUCGUUUUUUCAUUUUCCUACAACCAAAGACAAAAUAUUGAUAGACAUAAUAAAGAGGAAAAGAUAAAUGUA